UCAUCGUCGUCACCACCACCACCAUUAUCUCUGACACAGCCACAGCAAUCAGAACAUUAUGUACAGGUACGACACAUCUUCCGGAAGACAAUCUUGGCCACUGUGGAAGACAAUCCUUAUUUUUCUUGGAGUGGCGGCAAUCUUGGGAGUAACCAUUGGUCUCCUUGUUCAUUUUCUGGCAGUUGGAAAGAUUUACUAUUAUCAAGGUGAUUUUCAUAUUUCUGGAGUCAUAUACAAUGAAAGUUGUACAAAUGCAGCUUCACAAAACAGCACAGAUCUAAGCAAAGAUAUUGAGACUAAGAUGUCAUAUACAUUUCAAAAUUCUAGUAUAUAUAAAGAAUAUGUCAACUCUGAGGUCAUCAAACUUUUGCCUUAUGGCAAUGGUUCCAGUGUACAGUUACAGCUGACAUUCAAGUUUCCUCCAGCAAAGAGAGAUCACAUGAGGACUAAAAUCAAGGAUCUCUUACAUAAGAUGUUGGAAGAAAACAUGUCAUCCUGGAAUGCAGUUCCUGAUUCCAUUAAACUUACAGAAAUCAGCAAGGCUAAUUACGAACAGCUUACCAACAACUGUUGUGGGAGACGACUGGUCAACAGUAUCAUAGCUGGCAACAAAAUCGUAAAUGGAAAAAAUGCCCUGGCAGGGGCAUGGCCGUGGCAGGCCAGCAUGCAGUGGAAAGGCAAGCACUACUGCGGGGCCUCUCUGGUCAGCAGCCGGUGGCUAGUGUCUGCAGCUCACUGCUUUGCUAAGAAAAAUAAUUCAGAAGAUUGGACUGUCAACUUUGGAACUGUAUUAAAUAAACCAUAUAUAACACGGAAAGUCCAAAACAUUAUUUUUCAUGAAAAUUAUAGCAGUCUUGCUUAUAACGAUAUCGCCCUUGUGCGGCUUGCUGAAGAAGUUUCUUUUACAAAGUACGUUCGUAGGAUUUGUCUUCCUGAAGCCAAAAUGGAGCUUUCAGAAAAUGACAGUGUUGUAGUUACGGGAUGGGGAACACUUUAUAUGAAUGGUCCCCUUCCAGUGAUACUCCAAGAAGCCUUUUUGAAGAUUAUUGACAACAAAAAUUGCAACGCCCCGCAUGCAUUGUCUGGUGCGGUGAGUGAUGAAAUGCUAUGUGCUGGAUUUAUGUCAGGAGAAGCUGAUGCAUGUCAGAAUGAUUCUGGUGGACCACUAGCUUAUCCUGAUUCCAGAAAUAUCUGGCACCUUGUUGGAAUAGUAAGCUGGGGUGAUGGAUGCGGUAAAAAGAAUAAGCCAGGUGUCUAUACGCGAGUGACUUCUUAUAGAGAUUGGAUUACUUCCAAGACUGGACUCUGAAAGCAAAGUAAUUAUAAGAUAAAAUGUAAAAACAAUUGCGGGGUAUUCUUAUCUGUUGAUUCAGGAUCUUUUUCUUUUGAUUGUUGGUAAACAAACUAUUUUCUUAUGUACAAAAAUAUAAAUGUCUUUAUCCAUAUUUUAUUUUACCU